GGAAUGACGCACUGCACAAGUACAAGUAAGUUUAAGAAGCCAUUCAAAUUUUGUGUUAGUAAUUGGAAAAAUAUUAGACUUAGCGCACGAUGGAUUUCGUUGAAUUUGAAUCAUAAUUACAGUUCUCAUUGUACUUUCAAAUAUUUUUACCGUCAAGUAAAGGACACCACCAGCUAGGUUCUCCCAUUGGCCCACCAUCAUCUCGCUCGCUCCCCUCUACAACCUCACCAAACCACCCUCUCACCAAUCACCAACGAGCAUCAUUUGGUGCGCCCCCACCACUUCCCCGGGGUGGCCUUUCCAACCCUAGCUUGUUCUUCCAGUCUAUGAGUGUUACUGCUGUUGACACCUUGUGGUUGUUAAAUAGAUAAGAGUGAAGUGUUCCUGUUAGUUUUGUGGUUCGUUCUACAUAAUGGCAGAUCUUUUAAGUGUACUUCAGCAGUACAAUGUCAACAAAGAAGACAUCAUAGAAAGAAACAACCUCAUCAUUUUUGGGGAGCUUUCUUGGGACAAGAAUGUGAAGACCAACUACCUUAUGUGGGGGUCUGGUAAAAAUGGGGAACCAAAGGAGUUUUAUACCUUGGAGUGUUUGGUAUUUCUACUCAAGCAUGUCACACUGCCACACUCUACGUAUGUUCGACAAGCGGUUGCUGAAGGUAUUCCAGUUGUGCGCAGACCUGACCGCAAAGACCUUCUUGCUUACUUAAACGGUGAAAUUACCACCUCUGAAAAUAUUGAUGAAAGUACACCUGUAGAAGGAAUUCCUACACAAGUAGAAUGUGUAACAGACGGAUCGACAGAGAGCGUGGCCAACGAACCCCACCUAGAUAUUAUGGAUGUGCAGACAGGAUAUUGGUAA